GCGUCUAUUUUCUCUCUUCUCUGUGUAUUGGGGUUUUGAGGUUGGGACUGAGUGAAAAUGGGUGGUGGGUCGGUGAAAGAUGUGGAGUCGAAGAAAGAGCUUGAUAACUUAUCAACCAGGGGGCACCAGUUAUCAUACACUUCUGGGCAACUUGGUGUGAAGCUGCCAAACAGAUGGACCAAGUCUUUUCUCAUCUCUCCACCGAUUUCCUCAUGCCCACUUCUUAAGGCUAUGAAGGUUAGUGAUCUAAUGCUACUUGUUGUACAUCCAUCUACUAGUUAUUUUGAUGGUUUGUUAUAUGUGGCUAGUGAAACCCUAGUGAAGCGUCAGAAAGUUGAAGAGGACUCGGGAUUGGCCUCCCCGCUCUACAUAAAGGGUGACCUCAUUGGUGGAUCAGAUAUUGUGCUGGAGAUGCAGAAGAGUGGAGAGCUUAAGCAGUUCUUCGUUGAGGAAGGCAUCACUAAAGGAAAGACUCUCGAAGAUCGUUUGAAGAAACUGAUCACUUCUUCACCUGUCAUGCUAUUCAUGAAGGGUACCCCAGAUGCUCCAAGAUGUGGUUUCAGCUCGAAGGUAGUAAAUUCCCUAAAGGAGGAGGGUGUGAAUUUCGGGUCCUUUGAUAUUUUAAGUGAUGAGGAAGUGAGGCAAGGACUAAAGACCUUCUCCAACUGGCCAACCUUUCCACAGCUCUAUUACAAAGGUGAGUUGAUAGGAGGUUGUGAUGUUGUCAUGGAGCUAAAAAACAACAGAGAGCUUAAGUCCACCCUAUCUGAAUAG